UUCAGCCGCUUCUCAGUGAGAAAGACGUCGCGUGGCAGGUGCUUAGGCGCUGAAAGACGAGUCGCGGCUUAUCCGGCAGACGCCCACCACCGGACCGGGGUAACACCCCCGGGCAAUAGCCUGUCAUCAUCUCCAAAAAUCCUGCGCCAUAAGCAUCCAGCGAGCUUCGUGAUCCCACUGCAGCAAGGACCGAUCACCGCAUCACAAUGGGGUACGGACGGUCAGACAGCUAUCGUGUGGCAACCACAAAAGGUGACAAAGAUGACAAGGACUCCCCAAAGAAGAAGGGGCUCCCCAAAUCCAAAGACCUUGAUGACUUAAAAAAGGAAGUGCCACUGACUGAGCACAAGAUGUCAGUUGAAGAGGUUUGCAGAAAGCACAACACAGACUGUGUCCAGGGACUAACCCUGGCCCGGGCCGCCGAGUACCUGGCACGCGACGGACCAAAUGCCUUGACCCCACCUCCCACCACUCCAGAGUGGGUCAAGUUCUGCAGACAGCUGUUUGGCGGCUUUUCCAUCCUACUGUGGAUUGGUGCAGUCCUUUGCUUCUUGGCAUAUGGAAUCCAGGCUGGGACAGAGGAUGAUCCAUCUCGGGACAAUCUUUACCUGGGUAUUGUGUUAGCGGCUGUUGUCAUCAUUACUGGUUGUUUCUCCUACUACCAAGAAGCCAAAAGUUCUAAAAUCAUGGAGUCUUUCAAGAACAUGGUGCCCCAGCAAGCACUGGUGAUCCGAGAAGGGGAGAAGAUGCAAAUCAAUGCAGAAGAUGUUGUGGCCGGAGAUCUGGUGGAGGUGAAGGGAGGCGACAGGGUGCCAGCAGAUUUGAGGAUUAUCUCAGCACACGGCUGCAAGGUGGAUAACUCUUCCCUAACUGGUGAAUCAGAGCCUCAGACUCGGUCCCCUGACUGUACUCAUGACAAUCCCCUGGAGACGAGGAACAUUGCCUUUUUCUCCACCAACUGUGUAGAAGGCACAGCCCGAGGCAUUGUGGUUGCCACCGGUGACAGGACAGUCAUGGGACGUAUUGCCACACUGACUUCCGGCCUGGAGACUGGUAAAACACCCAUUGCCAAGGAAAUUGAGCAUUUCAUCCACAUCAUCACAGGAGUAGCUGUCUUCUUAGGUGUGACCUUUUUCAUUCUAUCCAUCAUUCUGGGCUACUCCUGGCUCGAAGCGGUCAUCUUCUUGAUUGGAAUCAUUGUGGCAAACGUACCUGAAGGUCUGCUGGCUACAGUCACGGUGUGUUUGACCCUGACAGCUAAGAGAAUGGCCCGAAAGAACUGUUUGGUGAAAAACUUGGAAGCUGUGGAGACACUGGGUUCCACAUCCACCAUCUGUUCAGAUAAGACAGGAACCUUGACCCAGAAUCGUAUGACCGUAGCACACAUGUGGUUUGACAACCAAAUCCAUGAAGCAGACACCACAGAGGACCAGUCAGGUGCCUCCUUUGACAAGAGCUCCCUGACUUGGGUUGCAUUGGCUAAAAUUGCAGCUCUCUGUAACCGAGCCGUGUUUAAAGCAGCACAGGAUAACUUGCCAAUCCUGAAGCGUGAUGUCGCUGGCGAUGCAUCUGAAUCUGCACUCCUCAAAUGUAUAGAACUGUCUUGUGGGUCAGUGAAGGCCAUGCGUGAUAAGAAUAAGAAGGUUGCCGAGAUUCCAUUCAACUCCACAAACAAGUACCAGCUGUCUGUCCAUGAAACCGAAGAUCCAAAUGAUAACCGCUACCUGCUUGUGAUGAAGGGUGCCCCCGAGAGGAUACUUGAUCGCUGCUCAACAAUCAUGCUGCAGGGCAAGGAACAGCCAUUAGAUGAAGAGCUCAAGGAGGCUUUUCAGAAUGCAUAUCUGGAGCUGGGAGGUCUUGGAGAGAGAGUGCUGGGUUUUUGCCAUGUGUUUCUGCCAGAAGACCAGUAUCCAAAAGGAUUUGCAUUUGACUGUGACGAUGUCAACUUCCAGACUGACAACCUGUGCUUUGUGGGCCUCAUGUCCAUGAUUGAUCCUCCACGUGCUGCAGUACCAGAUGCCGUAGGCAAGUGUCGAUCGGCUGGAAUCAAAGUCAUCAUGGUUACGGGUGACCACCCAAUCACAGCCAAGGCUAUUGCCAAAGGAGUUGGCAUCAUCUCUGAGGGCAAUGAGACAGUUGAGGACAUUGCUGCACGCCUGAACAUCCCUGUCAGCCAGGUGAACCCCAGAGAUGCCAAAGCUUGUGUGAUUCAUGGGACAGAUCUGAAAGAUUUAACCCAGGAACAAAUCGACGAGGUGCUCCGAAACCACACCGAGAUUGUUUUUGCCAGAACAUCACCACAGCAGAAACUCAUUAUUGUGGAAGGCUGCCAGAGACAGGGUGCUAUUGUGGCUGUGACAGGAGAUGGAGUCAACGACUCCCCUGCUCUGAAGAAGGCAGAUAUUGGAGUAGCCAUGGGUAUCGCUGGCUCUGAUGUAUCCAAACAGGCAGCAGACAUGAUCCUUCUAGAUGAUAACUUUGCAUCAAUUGUCACAGGAGUAGAAGAAGGUCGACUGAUCUUUGACAACCUGAAAAAGUCCAUUGCCUACACCUUGACAAGUAAUAUCCCUGAAAUCACACCAUUCCUGUUGUUCAUCAUGGCCAACAUCCCCUUACCUCUGGGAACUAUCACCAUUCUCUGCAUUGACUUGGGCACAGACAUGGUCCCUGCUAUCUCCUUGGCUUAUGAAGCAGCUGAGAGCGACAUCAUGAAAAGGCAACCCAGGAACCCACGGACAGACAAGCUGGUAAACGAGCGGUUAAUCAGCAUGGCCUAUGGCCAGAUAGGAAUGAUCCAGGCUUUGGGCGGUUUCUUCAGCUACUUUGUCAUCUUGGCAGAAAAUGGUUUUCUGCCUUCCUAUUUAGUUGGCAUUCGACUCAAAUGGGAUGACAGAAGUCAUAAUGAUCUGGAGGACAGCUAUGGCCAGCAGUGGACCUACGAACAAAGAAAGAUUGUAGAGUUCACCUGUCACACUGCUUUCUUUGUGAGCAUUGUGGUAGUGCAGUGGGCUGACGUCAUCAUUUGCAAGACCCGCAGGAACUCUGUGUUCCAGCAAGGCAUGAAUAACAAGAUUCUCAUCUUUGGCCUCUUUGAGGAGACCGCCUUGGCGGCAUUCCUCUCCUACUGUCCUGGGAUGGAUGUGGCGCUCAGAAUGUACCCUCUAAAACCCAGUUGGUGGUUCUGUGCCUUCCCAUACAGUUUCCUCAUCUUUGUCUAUGAUGAAAUUCGCAAGCUCAUCCUCCGCAGGAACCCAGGAGGAUGGAUUGAAAAAGAGACAUACUAUUAAACUUGUUUGAAGAGUACCAGUUGUAAUCCCCACCCACAAUUCUCCACCAUAUCUCAAGUCUCUCCUCUGUUUUUCAAAAGAAAACAUCAAUGAGCAUCUCAACACCGAAGACAGCGGACAGGACGACUGCCCAUUCCCCAUGUGUCUCUGCUCCCCUUGCCCUUACCAACAAGGGCUUGACCCCUACACCCCCAUAUGUUCCUUCGGCUGAGAGGCUGGAGACUAACUGCUAAAGAGCUGGUCACUUACUAUUUUAGCCUGUUGGCGUAGUAAGUAGCAUCCGAUAGCAGCCCAGCUCCAGCCUCUACUGCCGUAUUCGUCCCGUACUAAGGUGGACUGUUGGACUAGAGCUCAGACCUCAGAACUACUGAAAAAGAAUUGAAAAGUUGUUUAUUCUUAACACUUGUUUUUACCGUCCUUUGCAGGUGUCCAUUUGUAAAGUACUUAGCCGUGGACACAUGUCCAAGCUGGUCUCAUUUGCUUGUUUUAGCCAAUUGAUUUUCAAGCAGAACGGUCGGCCAUGGUGUUAAUAACAGUGUGAUGUAAUAGCUGGCUGAGGUUGCUUAGAGCUGCUCUUGACCAGUCUCUCCAUUUCUGUGGUUACACAUCCGAGCUGGGCAGUUGCCCAGUUUGUCUUUCAAAACACUGCCUCCAUGGCAGAGAGAGGCAGUCAGCUGUUGCAUGCAGGUCUCCAAAGUCACGCAGCCAGCCAGCAGGUUAUGGACAGUGAGAUAUUCUGCCCACCCUGCGCUCCUGCAACUUCUCCUGUCUUUUAAUUUCUCUCUCCUAUAUAAAUUCAACCCCGACCACCUCCAUGUAUAAGCUAAUAAGUAAUAAUUCAAAAUAGCAAAGAUGUAGAUGGUAUUGCAUUAUUGACCUCUCACAUACAAACAAACACAAGUUUCUUUUCAGAGGGGCCACCGUCAUCCCCCCGUGUCCUUGGCUGUUUCACGUUGGCUGCUCACAGCAGUUGUUUGCUUUCUUUUUUCUCAUUGUGUGACCAGUGUACCGAUGUUGUCCAGCUGUUUGUUCAGACUUCUUCACUUCUCAAAGUUCAGUCUCUUUCUGUGUUUUAGGGAACGACUUUGUCAGAUUUUGAACUAAAUAAAAAUGAAAAAAACAUUUUUCUCUUUCUCUACUUGUCAGAACAGUCUUACCAAUAAAGAAUUUUUGAUGGGG